CGCUCGGGUUCCAGCCGCAGCCAGAGCAGAGACGACGUGACAACCGCGGACACGCGCGCUCAGAGCAUCCUCACCUUGGAGACGCGAGCUUUUGGAGAAGACUUUCAAACACGCGCAGAGCGGCGUUCAGAAGACUUGGGCUCAACAGACCCUCACGCGCACCUCCCGACAGCCACCUGUAGCCCCCCUCUCCCCGCAGAAGACCAGUCUCCUCCCGACCGCUACCUGUAGCCCCGCCGCUCCGUCCCCCCGGCUCCUCGUGGUAGAACACCGUGUUCCCGUGAUGUCAUACCUGUGGAUCCUGCUCUUAGGGAGCCUGCUCGCGGGCAGCGCCAAGGCACAAGAGGAGACGGCAGAUAUAGAUUCCCCUACUGACACUGCUGUAGAGGAAGAAGCUGUAGAAGAAGAAGCUCCUGCAGAAGAAGAAGCUGUAGAAGAAGAAGCCACUUCAGAAGAAGACGCUACUGCAGAAGAAGAAGGUCCUGCAGAAGAAGAAGCCACUGCAGAAGAAGACGCUACUGCAGAAGAAGAAGCUCCUGCAGAAGAAGAAGCCACUGCAGAAGAAGCUCCUGCAGAAGAAGCCACUGCAGAAGAAGCUCCUGCAGAAGAAGCUCCUGCAGAAGAGAAAGCUACUGAGGAAGAAGAAGCUACUGCAGAAGAAGAAGCCACUGCAGAAGAAGAAGCCACAGCAGAAGAAGAGGCUCCUGCAGUAGUAGCAGCUCCUGCAGAAGAAGUCACUUCAGAAGAAGAGGCUCCUGCUGAGGAAGAGGCUGCUGCUGAAGUCGAAGCUCCUGUAGAAGAAGAAGCUACUACAGAAGCAGCUCCUGCUGAGGAAAAGGAUACUGCAGUAGUAGCAGCUCCUGCAGAAGAGGAAGCCACUACAGAAGAGGCUACUGCAGAAGAAGAAGCUGUCACUGAAGUCGCAGUUAUUGCUGAAGAGGUGGCUCCUGCUGUAGAAGCAGCUGCACCUACUGAUGUCGAAGAAGAGGCUCCAACGCCUGUAGUAGAAGGGGAUACACCAUCUGAGGCAGCAGCUGACGGUGCCAAGCCGAGUGAAGGCGCGGAGGCAGUGGCAACCCCGGAGAAUGUUACGGAGUCUCCUGGGGAAGCCAUCAUCCCCGUAGCGGAAGCUCCCUCAGACGACCAGUUUGACUUGGCAGCUGCACUGGGACCGGUCGACCAGCCGUCACGCAAUGGGAAUAGUCGGAGUGGUGGCUCUGUUCCACACACAUCUGAAUCAUCAGCAGACGGAUCAGUGGAGGGAAAAUCCGCGGGCUCCGGGUCCCUGGCCGGCAUCCUGAGUGCCCUCUGUGUGGCGCUGGUGGGCUCCGUCAGCGGCUACUUCGCCUACCAGAAGAAGAAGCUCUGCUUCAAGAACAGAGAAGCUGACCCUGAAGCAGCCCGGAAAGCUGACGCGGCAGCAGAAGCUGAAUCAGACCCCCAGGUCCUUAGCACCCUGAUCACCUCCUCCUAGACCGCCAUCACAUGACCCUCAUCGACCAAUCGCAGCGGUGACUGUAGAGUAACGAGGGGGGUUUCACUUUAGGGUCGUGAACAUCUGACAUGCACGUUUGUGUGUGUGUUUGCACACAAAUGUGUUGAAGUUGAUGUGUGUGUGUGUUUAAAUAUGUCAGAGAAGGAGCAUUGAAAGAGAAUUUGAAUUAUUAUUGAAUAAUUCAAUUUGUGGGUGAUUUUGUUUUUUGUUCGUGAGUCCCUGAGACAAUUUGAUAAUCAAUCCCCUUUAACUUGUGUACAAAUAAUAAUCUGAAAUGGUAAACUAAACUGGAACAGCUUUUCUUCAUGUUUUGCACGAGAGUUCGGAUUUCUCAGCAGCACUCAGUGCACUACAAUGGGUAUAACAGUUACACAAUACACACAACAAAGACACAUAGUGCAAACUUGUAUCUGCUUGGUUUCAAUCCGGUAAUCGUUGUACACUGUGAAUGUAGUUGGAGCCCCUGAGCUGCGACAGCAAUAGACAGGUGGCAGGUUCAGCCAUUCUGGAGCACCCAGUGUUCAUUGCAUUCCUACUGCACUGCUGGAGCACUUUGACUUCACACACGCUUUGGACAAAGACUAAUGCAAUGUGGCCGGCUCACUAGAAAGGCUUAUCUCUGAUACAUGCUGGGUGCAUCCUUCAAUGGCUGGGGCUGCUGUACUGGACCACGAGAUAAAGUGUUCGGUGGUCCGAUCCCUCCUAGACUGGGCCUGUAUGUGGUAUGUUCAUGUGUUAUGUGUGCAUACAUACGUGUGAUGUGUGUGUUUUUUGACUGGUUGGUUGGUGGUGGGGAGUUUCCAUGUUCUGGGUGACCACUGUUCCUCUUCUUAGUGAAUUCAGGAAGCACGUUCAAGCAGGGUUUCAAAUUAAUAUUCAAAUAAGACAAAAAAGUCUUUAUUUGAUGACAACACCUGAAAAUAAAAAAGGGACAAGUCACUGUUCAAAUCCACAAGACCUUUUAGUUGUCAUUUAUUUCAUUUAUAAUCUCCUGAAUUGACUCAAGUGAGGUAGGGUGAACCUCCUUUUUGUGUCUGUCGACAAUGCGUCCUCCAGAGUGGACGGACCAGUGAUGUUUGGUGGCAUACUCUUGGAUCUAGUGUGUAAAUCUAGUUGUGAUGCAGUCCUGUCUGCGGUGCCUUCCACUGACACAACGCUCACUUGAACGAGCUCCAGAAACAAACGCAUUUAAAGCGCACAUUUUGGGCCAUUACGAGGAAUGAUAAUGUUUGCUUAGUUUACAAUCUCAUAACAGGAAUCAUCUUUAUCCAAUCAAUGAGUGACGGCUAGCAAAGCAUGGGAACCAUCGGACCAAUGGGAAGGGACGGGGUGGGGCUUUUGACUUUGUAAUGACAGUUAGAUGAUUGAUGUCCUCCCAGCUGCUUUGACUCUAGGAUAAAAAACAUCCUGAUCUGAGUGGCUCGUAUGUUUCUGGAACAGUUGAUCAAGUAGGUUGCUGUCGCUAUAUAUAUAUAUAUAUAUAUAUUAGAGCUAUCUGUUUCUCGAUCAAAUCCUUUCUGAUCAUUUAUGUAUCUUGUUAGCACCGCCUCAAAGCUGAUGCGAACAUCUUGUCAAGGGUGGAACUUCUCGUUCAAAUUAUAAAACUGGAUCAGAUGUUUAAAAUUAUAAAAUGGAUCACCCUUUUUCACCAUUUUAGUUCUAACAAUGUAAGAAUAUCACUCUGUUGCCUUGUUGUUUGAUGCCUUCCUUUCUGUACCAGCCUCCUUUGAUUUGUCAGAAGGGUUUUUUGUAUGAUGUGCUCAACGUCCACCGUUUGGUUUUAGGAGACAAUAAAAGGCUGUUGCUUGGCGGGCUAGCCGAGGUCAAAGACCUGAUGUGUGAUGGUCUGUUUUUAUAUUGCCCACAUAUCAUGGGCUCAGCCUCUUGAUGCGACCCAGGUCCGGUUCAUUCCUGCUCCACUGCUGUGUGUUCUGCCCAGCAACUAUACAGAACCCACAACACGAUUGGUUGCAUAUACUUUGAGGUAUAAAACUGAUUCACUAAAAUGUGUAUCCAGGCCCUUUAAGCAAGACAUCCAUACUUAAAGGGUAAUUCCGGUGUAAAAUGGAUUUGGGAUAUGUUUUGUAUGACAACGAGUUGAAACGUUCAUUUUGGAGCACAAAAACUGCUAUAGACGCUUUCUUCAGUUGGCCGUUUUUAGCCGAUUCUAUCAAACCGCUAUAAACUUGGAACGAUGGGGGCACUGGUUAUGGUAAAAACUAAAUCGCUAUUUUAAACCACUUAAAAGGCUAAAAGUAGCCCGACACUUCUUUGGUAGUAUAAUAAGGGUGUUAACAUAUAAAACGAGGCAUUGAGAACUUUUUAAGUGUUCAGAUUGUUUAUUAAAAAGGACAUUUUAUACACACAAUACCAUCAGUAGAUCACCUGUCGACGCCACUUUGUUUUUAAGACUCGAUAGGUAGAUUGACGAACACAGAGAUUUUGACAUCCAUCAGGAACACGCAAGCUGUGUUCGCCAAUCUACUUAUCGAGUCUUAAAAACAAAAUGGCGUCGACGGGUGAUCUACUGAUGGUAUUGUGUGUAUAAAAUGUCAUUUUUUUAUAAACAAUAUGUACACUUACAAAGUUCUCAAUGCCUCGUUUUAUAUGUUAAGACUCUUAUUAUACUACCAAAGAAGUGUCGGACUACUUUUAGCCUUUUAAGUGGUUUAAAAUAGCGAUUUAGUUUUUACCAUAACCAGUGCCCCCAUCGUCAAAUUUAUAGCGUUUUGAUAGAAUCGGCUAAAAACAGCCAACUGUAGAAGUCUAUAUGCGUUUUUUGUGCUCCAAAACUAACGUUUCAACUCGUUAUAUCCCAAAUCCAUUUUACACCGGAAUUACCCUUUGAGUGCUGCACAGUUAAGCCUUUACGGGAAUAUGUUAAUGGUCAAAAACUAAAGGACAUUCCCUUUAAGGAAGCUAGAAAUGAAUGCCUAUGUUAAACUGUGAAAGUCAAGCUGGAUGUGUAAAAGGGCAUUUGGCAAUAAGCCACAAUGAUGUAAUUGACGUAUGUCCUAUAGGUGAUCAAUUAAAUAUACUAUUCCUAUUACUGAUAAUAGUUGGUAGGUAGUGGAUGAGCUGUACAUCAUACCCCCCUCCCCCCCACACACACAUACUCACUGCGCUUUGGGUACCGAGAAAAGGUAUAUGAAUUCAAUCAAUUUGUUAAUUAUUACUAACACAAAAUAAUAUAUGGGGGGGGGGGGGGGGGUUGUGUGUGCACGAUAGCUUUGUUGUGUGUGGGUGGGUGUUUUUUAGCUAAUCUGGCCCCAAGAUGUGAUUGGGCUCCAAAGUCAUGUUGUUGAAGUUAGUAAGCAUUCCUUGUUACCAAUCAGGAAGUUGUUGGGAUCUAUGGCUCGCUGCUUCCUAAAGUGCACUUCCAGAAUAUUCCGAGGACAUGACAAUUGACUCCAUCCAAUUCUGCCUUAAACCGGUUCACAGUUUUUUUCUAAGAAAUACUAAACAAAAAAGGGAUCAAGCUGAAAUGUUUUAGGAAGAAUUGAGUCCAAUAUACUUUUAUCUUUGGUUAACCUAACUCAAUGAAUUCAGUAAAUCACUUUUUUAUCCUGGUUUCGGGAGCAAAAAGAGCAUUUCUAAUAAUUCAUGAAGACUCAUAUGACUUUGAUUUCACUAUUUAAUUAUUGUCUUUGUCACAUUUUAUAUUUCCUUCUAACCGUCUGUAAGCUGGCACAUGUUUGUUUUGUUUUUGUUGUGUAAAUAAUGUUAUAAGUCAAUAAACAAUGUUUUUGUGGGGGCUGGAGUCUCGCUCUCUAAGAGAAAAA